AUGUCAUGUUUAGAAUCAUCCGGAAAUAUUGGAGCAAGAGGCCGCUACGCUGCCGCCGCUGCCAAGAAGCGCAGCUGGAAGAAGAGCUGGAAGAAGAGCUGGAAGAAGAGCUGGAAGAAGAGCUGGAAGAAGAGCUGGAAGGAGAGCUGGAAGAGGAGCAGGAAUAAGAGCAACAAGAAAGUCAGGAAGAAGAGCAGGAAGAAGGGUAGUAAGGAGAGCAGAAAGAAGAGCAGGAAGAAGAAGCAGGAAGAAAAGCAGGAAGAAGAGCAGGAAGAAGAGCAGGAAGAAGAGCAGGAAGAAGAGCAGGAAGAAGAGCAGGAAGAAGAGCAGGAAGAAGAGCAGGAAGUAGGGCAAGAGGAAGGGCAGGAAGAAGAGCAGGUGUGGGAGAGCUCAGAGUAA